AUGGACUUCCAAUCGAUGAUGCAGCAGGCCCGUAUGGGCGGAGGCGGAGGGGGCGGGGCUCCUGGCGACCAGCCCCAGAACGACAACGCAGAGAUGGUCUACAUCAGCAGCCUGGCGCUUCUCAAGAUGCUCAAGCACGGCCGAGCCGGUGUGCCGAUGGAGGUCAUGGGGCUCAUGCUCGGCUCGUUUAUCGACGACUACACCGUGUCGGUGAUUGACGUGUUUGCCAUGCCCCAGUCCGGCACGGGAGUCAGCGUCGAGGCCGUCGAUCCCGUCUUCCAGACAAAGAUGCUCGACAUGCUCAAGCAAACUGGAAGGCCCGAGAUGGUCGUCGGCUGGUACCACUCGCACCCCGGUUUCGGGUGCUGGCUUUCGAGCGUCGACAUCAACACACAGCAGUCCUUUGAGCAGCUCAACUCCCGUGCGGUCGCCGUCGUCGUCGACCCGAUCCAGUCGGUCAAGGGAAAGGUGGUCAUUGACGCCUUCCGGCUGAUCAACCCGUCGACUGUGAUGCUGGGACAAGAGGCGCGGCAGACGACGUCCAACAUCGGCCAUCUCAACAAGCCCUCGAUCCAGUCGCUCAUCCACGGCCUCAACCGCCACUACUACUCGAUCGCCAUCGGCUACCGAAAGACUGAGCUCGAGCAGAGCAUGCUCAACAACCUCCACAAGCGCAACUGGACCGAAGGGCUCCGGCUGCGCGACUUUGGCGAACACAAGGAGAACAACCAGAAGGCGAUCGAGCGUAUGCUGGCGCUGUCGGAAGCGUACAACAAGUCGGUCGAGGAAGAGUCGACGCUGACGGCAGAGCAGCUCAAGACGCGGCAUGUCGGCAAGCAAGAUCCCAAGCGACACCUCGAAGAUGCCGUGGAGCAGUCGAUGGGAGACCAGAUUGUCCAGAGCCUGGGCACAAUGCUACUGGCGGAGCUCUGA